AUGUCAGUCUUCCAUCGACGCAAGGGUGAGGCCGAGGGCGACGUUGAGGCCGGUGGUCGUGAGGACCACUCUGGCAGCACCGUCGCUCCGCCCCAACAGCCCGACAACAACCUGCCCGAGUACGCUGCCCUGGAGCGAUACAUCUCCACCUACCGUGAGGGCUCCCGCAGCGGCGACGACAACCAGAAGAAGCGCCGCAAUGUCAAGUGGUGGCAGUUCUGGCGGUCGACCGACGCCGAUCUGGUCGAGGAUGCCGAGCCGGCCAAGAGGGUUGUGCCCGAGGCCUGGUUGGACACGGACAUUCGCACUGGUAUUCGUAUCAACGAGGUCGACGAGAGGAGAAAGUGGUCUGGCUGGAACGAGCUGAGCGCCGAGAAGGAGAAUAUGUUUGUCAAGUUUCUUGGUUUCUUUACUGGUCCUAUUCUAUAUGUCAUGGAGGUUGCCGCCCUGUUGGCCGUCGGUCUGGGUGACUGGAUCGAUUUCGGUGUCAUCUGUGGUAUCUUGCUGCUCAACGCUUUCGUCGCCUUCUACCAGGAAAAGUCUGCUGCCGAUGUCGUCGCCUCUCUUAAGGGUGACAUUGCCAUGCGAUGCACUGUUGUCCGUGACGGCCAGGAGCAGAACAUUCUCGCCCGUGAAAUCGUCCCCGGUGAUAUUCUCAUCAUCCAAGAGGGUGACACCGUUGCCGCUGAUGUUCUCCUGAUUUGCGACUACACUCGUACUGAGGAUUUCGAGGUUUUCAAGCAGCUCCGCGCUGAAGGCAAGCUCGGCAGCAGUGACGACGAGGCUGAGGAAGACGAAAAGGAACAGGAGGAGAGCGCUCUGGUCUCCCACCGCGCCACUCCCCUUGUUGCCGUCGAUCAGUCCGCCAUCACUGGUGAGUCCCUCGCCGUCGACAAGUACCUCGGUGACGUUGCCUACUACACCACCGGCUGCAAGCGCGGAAAGGCAUAUGCCAUUGUCACUGCCACUGCCCACGACUCUUUCGUCGGUAAGACUGCCGAUCUCGUGCAGGGCGCCAAGGACCAGGGUCACUUCAAGGCUGUCAUGAACAACAUUGGUACCUCGCUGCUCGUCCUCGUCAUGUUCUGGAUUCUCGCUGCCUGGAUUGGCGGUUUCUUCCACCACCUCAAGAUUGCCGAGCCCGGCUCCCAGAACCUGCUUCACUACGCCCUUGUGCUCCUCAUUGUUGGUGUCCCCGUCGGUCUGCCCGUCGUCACCACCACCACCCUGGCUGUCGGCGCCGCCUACCUCGCCAAGCAAAAGGCCAUUGUCCAGAAGCUCACUGCCAUCGAGUCCCUUGCUGGUGUCGACAUUCUGUGCUCUGACAAGACCGGUACUCUCACUGCCAACAAGCUGUCCAUCCGUGACCCCUACGUCGUUGAGGGCCAGGAUGUCAACUGGAUGAUGGCCGUUGCCGCUCUCGCUUCUUCCCACAACCUCAAGACCCUCGACCCCAUUGACAAGGUCACCAUCCUGACCCUCAAGCGCUACCCCAAGGCCCGUGAGGUCCUUCAGCAGGGCUGGAUCACCGACAAGUUCACCCCCUUCGACCCCGUCUCCAAGCGUAUCACUGCUGAGUGCCGUCUCGGCAAGGACAAGUUCAUCUGCGCCAAGGGUGCCCCCAAGGCCAUCCUCAAGCUUGCCAACCCCGCCGAGCCCCUUGCCUCUCUCUACCGCGAGAAGGAUCGUGAGUUUGCCCGCCGUGGUUUCCGAUCUCUCGGUGUCUGCUACAAGAAGAACGACGAGGACUGGGUUCUCCUUGGUCUCCUGUCCAUGUUCGACCCCCCCCGUGAGGAUACCGCCCAGACCAUUCUCGAGGCUGCCCAGCUCGGUGUUCCCGUCAAGAUGUUGACUGGUGAUGCCAUUGCCAUUGCCAAGGAGACUUGCAAGAUGCUUGCCCUCGGAACCAAGGUCUACAACUCUGAGAAGCUCAUCCACGGUGGUCUCGGUGGCGCUGUCGCCCACGACUUCGUCGAGCGUGCUGACGGUUUCGCCGAAGUCUUCCCCGAGCACAAGUACCGUGUCGUCGAGAUGCUCCAGCAGCGUGGCCAUCUUACUGCCAUGACUGGUGACGGUGUCAACGACGCUCCCUCUCUGAAGAAGGCCGACUGUGGUAUCGCCGUCGAGGGUUCCACCGAGGCUGCCCAGGCUGCCGCCGAUAUCGUCUUCCUUGCCCCCGGUCUGUCCACCAUUGUCCUUGCCAUCAAGACCUCUCGCCAGAUCUUCCAGCGCAUGAAGGCCUACGUCCAGUACCGUAUUGCUCUCUGUCUCCACCUUGAGAUCUACCUGACCCUGUCCAUGAUCAUCAUCAACGAGACCAUCCGUGUCGACCUGAUUGUCUUCCUGGCCCUGUUUGCUGAUUUGGCCACCGUCGCCGUCGCCUACGACAAUGCCCACUACGAGCCCCGUCCCGUCGAGUGGCAGCUGCCCAAGAUCUGGGUCAUCUCCGUCGUCCUCGGAAUAUUGCUUGCCCUCGGUACCUGGGUCCUCCGUGGAACCAUGUACCUGCCCAACGGCGGUAUCAUCCAGAACUUUGGCUCUGUCCAGGAGAUUCUCUUCCUCGAGGUCGCUCUUACUGAGAACUGGCUGAUCUUUGUUACCCGUGGUGGCCGCACCUGGCCCUCUUGGCAGCUCGUCGGCGCCAUUCUCGGUGUCGACAUCAUGGCUACUCUCUUUGCCCUCUUCGGUUGGUUGUCUGGUGCUCCCGAGCUCGACAACCCCGUCGACCUUGCCAAGCAGCGUCACGAUGGUUGGACCGACAUUGUCACCGUUGUCAUUGUCUGGCUGUACUCUUUCGGUGUCACCAUCUUCAUUGCCAUCAUCUACUUCAUCCUCAACCAGAUCCCCUGGCUCAACGACCUCGGCCGCAAGGACCGCAAGCGCAAGGACACCAUUGUCGAGAACGUCCUCACCGCCCUCCAGAAGCUCGCCAUUGAGCAUGAGAGAGACGAGACGACGGGUGUUGACCGUUACCUCCUUGCCGACAAGGCUAUUGAUAACGAGGAAGAGUAAAUGGAGUUUUAAUGUCGUGGAUGUUCAAGGCCUAAUUUAGGAAAGAGAGUUGUCUUGUUCUUUUUUUGUGUAUACCCAACCGCAAUAAUCUUUUUAAUAUGGUCACAAAGAAACUUGCUACUACUCGCCUACAAAAAGAGCUUAAUCUAUAUAUGGUGAACUGGGGAAGAGAAAGGUUGGUCUAGGAGGACCAAAGUUUUCUUUUUUUUACAAUUGAGGGAGAGCGGGAGCAAGUUAACAUGUGGUUUUUAUUAUUUGUUUUGGUCAAUCGCCUCUGCAAAGAACCGAAUUCACGUUUUUGCUACCAAAGUCAAAGAUGGACGGAGAAAUGAACUUGCAUAGAGAAGAGUUCUCCAGCCGGUGGAUGCAUUGUUAACCUUUUGAUUCCCCCAGUCGCUAACUUAAUUUAAAACUUAGUAUAAACCUAUAUCUAGUUACUAUAGACUUUUCAUAUCUUGCUAAUGUGUUAUGUUCAAAAAUACUUUUACUGCUUCUUGUGCCAAUUGCUUUUCGUGAUGUUUUAAAUUGGUGUUUUCUCUUUUUCUUUUUCUUUUCUCUUUUUUUACUCUCCCAAGCCGACUUCGGGAGAGUUUUUUGCCUUCACCAAACAAGCUUAUCCUACGCCAACACUACCAUGAGUCUGGGCACCAGGCUUUUCUCCCAAUUCUUUCUCCAAGCGCCAGGGAAAUAAAUGGCGCAAGCUAAGUAAAUUUUUUUUUUCCUUCAAUUUUUUUCUCCAUGUUUGAAACUACGGGCCUACGCCACCGGAGGUCGCGAGCCCACUAGAUCGUGCAGAGAGUUUCGGAAUCUCGGCUCUAGUAUGCUGGCUAAGGAUGUUAGUGUCAAGCCUUAAUGACCUGCUCUCUGCUCCAAACUCCGCUUUUUUCAUCUUUUCACCUUGGGAGGGGGAAAACAUGGAGAGCGUGGUUUUUUUCACGUUGUGUGUAAAGGUGAAACUGGGCUAGAGGGAAGUAAGUAUGCGCGAAUUGCUAUUCGGUGUGUGGUUUUUUGGUGUCAAAAUCUUUACUCUGGGGUUUGUCUCCCUAUGUGGAUUUUAAGGGUCUUUUAGUUUCUCAUUUUACGGCGAUGCUUUUUUGUUUCUGUGUUUUGUAUUACGAAACAAAUAGGUAAACGGAUCGACAAACAUGCAGACGAACGAAAACGGCGUGUUUGAGCAUAGGUGGGCGUAUUUGGCUCAUGUAUGUUGGUUGACAUAUCAUAACUAGGCCAUUGUCAACAAGAAAGUUGUCUCGGUGUAGAUGUAUCAAAAUCUGAAGGGC